ACGAUCUUAAUAGAUCCUAAAACAAUGGAAAUUCGAUAUAUCUAUUUUCCUAAACACGGGAGAGACGAAUAAAAAUACAUUUUCAAUUUAUUCUCGAUAUUUUGUUUAAAUUUGUUACAUAUUGCAAGUUAACUGUAUUGUGCAAUGGAAGAAUAUAGUGAAAUGGAAAGAGAGGCAGAUAAAGACAAUAAUAACAGUGUUAUUGUUGACAAUCUGCAUAAAAACAUUAUGGCAAUAUACGCCAGUAAGUUUUUGGACUUAAAUAAGGACAGUAAAUGCGACAGCACACGUGACCUUAAGUGUCGAACGCAUGAUAACUUUGCACGAAUGGAUAUCAAAAAAGCACGUGCCAGUGAUGCGGAAGAUGACAAAAGUGACAGUGAUCUCAGCGAUUCCAUAGCAACCAAACAUACAGACAGUAAAACAAAUCUAAAUGACAAUGACGACAGAGCAAUCCAAGCGUCGCUUGCUUGUAAGCCCGGAAACGACAUCGACGCUGAAAAUAAACCAACGUCCCCUGUACGUACAACCUCGUUCUCAGUGGCGGAUAUUCUCGAUCCCCGGAAGUUCACUGGCUCAACCGGAAGUGGGAAUCCCCUUGUGCGGUUUCCGCUCCGACCAUGGGCGCUCGGACAGCCGGACUAUUGUGGGUCGGAGGACGAACGCAUGGAAGAUACGGAGUGCACGAGCGUGCUGGAUUCAAGUGGCGAUCAGGACGGCAAUUGCGACAGCGACGACAGUGACUCGGAAAUGAAGGACCCCUCGGAAAUGAGGUUGGGUGGUCUCCACUCAGACUCCUCAAAGCAUGGGAAACCCAGGCGCGCGCGAACAGCCUUCACGUACGAACAAUUGGUAGCGUUAGAAAACAAGUUCAAAACCACGCGCUAUUUGUCUGUGUGUGAGCGUCUAAACCUGGCACUGGCUCUAAAUCUCACUGAAACGCAGGUAAAAAUCUGGUUUCAAAACCGAAGAACAAAAUGGAAGAAGCAGAACCCGGGAAUGGAUGUGAAUAGUCCAACUUUGCCCCCAACGAGCAAUGGGCUGUCGUCACUCGCCUCGCCAUAUUCGGGACUAUUUUACGGACAGGCGCUUCACCCGUAUCUCUCCGCGCCGCAUUUGGGACUACUUAAAACGCAUCAUCCGUUUCUUGAUCAAAAGCAUCCGUUGUAUUACUCCUUUUUGUCACAGUCUAGAUAAUUUAUAUUAAAGUAUUUUUAUAAAUCUUAUUUAAUUUUUUUGCUUGAAGUUUAGCAAGUAUUUGGCAUUUUAAGUUUCCUCAAAAGUUAAAAAAAGUCCAUGAUAAAGGGCAAACUAAUCGAGGUUUAAUUUAAGUGCUUUGAUGAUACGUUAUUAUUUUAUCAUAUUUGCAUCGUGUAAUUUAAAAAAAAAAUAAGGUGAGUAAAAAGGUAACAAACCUUUAUAAUUUGUGCUUCCUUAAGCAUGUUGUUUGUACAGUGUAUACGUUUAUGUACUGUUUUCUUGAUGUGGCCGCAGAAUUACAAAUAGAUUGUUCGUGACAUAAUUGAAUAUUUUUAAUUUUUAUAAAAACAAAAAUAUCGUUUUCUUUAAACUUGCUAUUACAGUGUGAUUAUAAUUUAUGUUUAUUUUGGAAAAUAAAAAAUAAAACGCCAUAAACUUAUGAAGACAUAAACAUCGCAUAAAUCAUAGUGCUUAUAAAAACAUAAAUGUCAUAGUUGCAAUUAUAUCAAGCAGAUCAUUAAAACAUAAUAGCAUUGAGGUGACAUUUCAAACAUAAAAUUUAGACGCGAAAUGUUUGAAGUGUUUGAAGCAUGAAAAUUAAGAAGCAUUUAUACGUUUCAAAUUAUUAUGCAUACUGUUUGAAAAAGGGUUACUUAAAUGUGUUGUUUAUUUCGACAAAUUCUACUUUAAAACUUUAUAAAAAAUUAAAAUAUGUAAUCGCUUGGUCAAGUUAAUUUCUUGAAUCAUUUUGUUACGUUUUAUUAUUUUUGUAAUUUAAUCGUUUUCAUUCAAUCUUACUUCCUUACAUGUAUAGAAUACAUAGUUUG